ACUGAUAGUCGCUUUCAGAGCACACUCAAAGCAAGAUCGUUUUCAGAGACCGUUGUGACCUUUUUUCUAACCGAUGCAAAACCCGAUCGUAUUUGGAUUACAAUCAUGACUCUGGAAGAGGUACGCGGACAAGAGACCACCAUGGAAAUAGUUGACAGGGUGCAAAGUGCAGGCACAUCUUUGGAAGACCUGCUGGUAGCUGCAAAGAAGCAGGAUUACCUGACUGUUGGCGUCUACGAAUCCGCAAAAAUUAUGAAUGUUGACCCAGACAGCGUGGCAUUCUGUGUUCUUGCCACCGAUGAGGAGUACGAGUGCGACAUCGCUCUCCAGAUCCACUUCACGCUCAUCCAGGCAUUCUGCUUCGACAACGACAUCAACGUGGUGCGCGUCAACGAUAUUGAGCGCCUCGCGGAUCUCGUGGGCACUGACGCCACCGGCGAGCCCAAGGACGCGCAUUGCAUUCUUGUCACGAGCCCCAGUGCAAACCCAUGGAAAGACCCUUCCCUGGACAAGCUCAGCCUCUUCUGUGAAGAGAGACGCAGCAUGUACGACUGGGUGCCCACCAUCACUCUCCCAGAGCGCUGAAGAACCGAGACAUCGCCCACGCUUCACACGAUGAAGAGGAAGAUGACGACGAAGAGAACGUAAAGGAGCUGAGUCUCGCCUACUGGGAGGGUUCACAAUUGCUUGUGCCCACCCCAACCCUUGCUUGGAUUAGAAAGCUGUGGCUCUCUAUAGCACCCUGGCUGCACCCAGUGCAUUGUGGGUCAGCGCGUUCGGUUUGGAUUUACCCAUGGGAGGAUGGGUAUGAAGUUCUGGGGAGUCACCAAACGUGGACUUGGGUCAGGUGUGAUGCCGCCCAGGACUUCAGGAGCUGUUGGACACUGAGGAGGGGCCCGAUGGGCUGUGCCUGUAGAACAAGCAGAAGGAGAACGUGAAGCCGAUGGGGGUCUGACGUGUCCCAACACCUCAAGGGGGGGGGGACACUCGGAACAGAGCCGCUGACGGAAGGAGGAUGUCAGAAAUGGACAGUAGGAAGUAAAGGAUCUUAUUGGAACUGUGCCUGUAAACAGUACGAUGACAUGUUGGUCGUACCUCCAAAGGAGGUGCCCCGAAGACGAAAGUGUGGACUUUUAUUUCUUUUUGAAAAAAACAUUGCACCAAUCGCAAAGCAAUUUUGCAAUGACAAGGAACUUUAUGCGCGUGCUUGCAAAUCAUGAUUUGAGUUGCUGUUCCUGUCUCUGGACUUGACAAGCACCAUCUUUUCUUGGACUAUGAUUUCAAUUUUUGAUAUGAUGCAAACUCAAUGAUUUCAUGCAACAUAAUUGUAUACAUUAUUGUUAUAAUUUCUCAAUAAACGCUUGUAAAAGUUAA